GGGGAAGGCGCUCGCUCCGUGGGUCUCGCUCCGCGCUGCUCGCUUUACCCCGGCUCCCUUGGGUGCCCUCUCCCCGGCCGCCCGGCGGGCCGGAGUGCGUGCGAGGGACGGGGAGGGCGGCGGGGGGGUGGGGGGAGGCGCCCGGCCUCCGGGCAGAGCCGCCGACCGAGGGAGGCGCCGCCGGGUGAGAGGGCUCCGAGAAGCCAUGGACGUCGAGAGGCUGCAGGAGGCGCUGAAAGAUUUUGAGAAGAGAGGGAAAAAGGAAGUUUGUCCUGUCCUGGAUCAGUUUCUUUGUCAUGUAGCCAAGACUGGAGAAACCAUGAUUCAGUGGUCCCAGUUUAAAGGCUAUUUCAUUUUUAAACUGGAGAAAGUGAUGGAUGAUUUUAGAACUUCAGCACCAGAGCCACGAGGGCCUCCCAAUCCUAAUGUUGAAUAUAUUCCCUUUGAUGAAAUGAAAGAAAGAAUACUGAAGAUCGUCACUGGAUUUAAUGGCAUCCCUUUUACUAUUCAACGACUCUGUGAAUUGCUAACAGAUCCGAGGAGAAACUAUACAGGAACAGACAAAUUUCUCAGAGGAGUAGAAAAGAAUGUGAUGGUUGUUAGCUGCGUUUGUCCUUCUUCAGAGAAAAAUAGUUCCAACAGUUUAAAUCGAAUGAAUGGAGUGAUGUUUCCUGGAAAUUCACCAAACUAUACUGACAGGUCUAAUAUAAAUGGGCCAGGAACACCCAGGCCACUUAAUCGACCAAAGGUUUCCUUGUCAGCCCCCUUGACAACAAAUGGUUUGCCUGAGAGCCCAGACAGCAAAGAGUCAAGUCUACAGCAAAAUGAAGAGAAAAAUCACAGUGAUUCUCCAACACCUGAUGCGGAGGCGUCCUCGUUGAGCCCCGUAAAAAAUAAACAUACAGAUGAGGAUGCUGUGGAAGCCGAGGGACAUGAGGUAAAAAGACUCAGGUUUGACAAAGAAGAUGACGUCAGAGAGCUGGCCAGUCAGACGGUCUCUCAGGAGAGUUCUUCAGCGGCAGAAGAAACCGAAGUUUCAUCACCUCAGGGAAAGGACAAAGAAAGUAGUUGCACCAGACAGCACUGUACGGAUGAUGAUGAAGAGGACGAUGAAGAGGAGGAAGAAGAGUCUUUUAUGACGUCAAGAGAAAUGAUCCCAGAAAGGAACAAUCAAGAAAAAGAAACUGAGGAUGCCUUAACUGUGAAUGAAGAGACUUCUGAGGAAAGUAACCAGAUGGAGGAAUCUGACCUGCCCCAAGCUGAGGAAGAUUCACAUUUGGGAGCUAGUGAGAAUCCAGGCACUGUAAGUAGAGGCUCUGACUGCCAUGAGACAGAAGAGCUAGGAGAAUGCGAUUCAAGCCCAGCUGGAGAGAGCCUUACUGAGCCAUGUAUGGAAAAUGAUGAAGCCACGGACGUCACAGAUGAGCCGAUGGAACAAGACUAACCUUAGAGACGUGUAGAUGCAGUAUUUACAGACAGUUCUGGUUUUACACUGUAUAAAACUUUUAAGUAAUAAAGUGGACCUUUAGUUUUACAAGAGAAGCAGGUUGUAAAAUACAAGUACCUUAAGAGUUAAUCCUGAGUUGUACAUGUAAGAACUGUGAAUAUCAGCUCCUCUGGGUCCUGCUUCACUGACUUGUUUCUGUUUGGUUUGUUUGUAUUUUUGUUUUUCUUGGUCUGCUCAAAUCAGUGGUUUGUGUAUAGAUUUUUGUUUUUCAAAUUUAGAAUUAAAGUUUUUAAACUGGAAGGUAAUUAUAAUUUUGAAGAUCACAUUUGGUUUAUACACAUGCAAGGGAGCGUUGUGUCUUUGACAGCUGUAGCGGGUUUCAUAUUUUGGUCAUAGUUUCCACAUUUUAACAUUUGAAUUAUAGGGUUUCAUUUGGUUUCCAGAUUUUAUUGUUUGACUAUGUACAAUGGAACUUUAAGUCAUAUAUACAUAUAUAAAUAUAUAUAUAUAUAUUAUUCUAAGGGGGGAAAUGUUAUAUUUUUCUGUUUCUAUAAGAGAUGAAUACAGUGGAUACUUUUCUAAUGGUGAUGAUUGAGUUCACUUCUUUCAGAAGACAUUUUCUUUAUCUUCUGAGUAAUUAGAAUAAAAUCUGGCCCCUGUGGAACUCUGGAAAUCUCAAGUCUGUUGAAAUACCAGGUUAAACACAUUCCAAGAGAUCUGUGCAAAUUCAAAUUUUUUUGUAUACUUCUAAGGUGCCUGAGAAUAAAAGACUUCAUUAUUUAUGAGAAAAUGUGCUUUAUCUUGGGAAUUGUGUUCAAACAUUAGCUUCCUGUUUUGUAGAAUGAAUGCUUAUGAAGCUGACGUGUGACCAUCUCAAAAGAACCAGGCAGGUUCCUUUAUGUUUUGCUUGCUUUUCCAAACAUUGUGAAUAUUACGCCUUUCUUUCUAAAUUAUUCUAGAGUAUGCAUAUGUCAGUGAUUGGAACACCACUGUACUGGAAGAAUUAAUAUAUUACUUUAGUAAUAUCCCUGAGCUGAGCUGACUGAAGCUUUAGGGGUGCAUAGAAACCACCAUAAUUUGUAUAACAUUUUGAAGUGAAUUGAAUAUUUUUGAACAUGCUUCUUCGACAGCCAGUGUUAUAUUUUUCAGAUCAACACAAAGCACAAUGAUUACUCUAAACUCAAUAUUUUCAAAUUCCCAUAUUUGAAGUCAUGCAAGCUGCAACUUCCCUGUCAAAAUUACUGGCUGCCAAAUUUAUACCUGUUUCUUCAGCUGUACCUUUUGAUAUUUAGAAUUUUUAAAUUUCUGUAAAGUAGAUUUUGUAGAAUGUAAUGUGUUCACUGCCUUUGUGAAGCGGUAUAUAAUUGUAUAAUUUCGUGUGUAAACUGAAUGCUUGGGCUUUCAAUACAGUAUUCAUAUAAAGCAAUAAAUAUUAAUGUUAUGAAAUAUUCGAGUACAUUUUUAUCAACAAAUGAAAGAAUCCCUUUUAGUUUCAGAGAACUGAAGUACACAGGUGAAUUUACGUAAAACACUGCACACCAAUUCUGUGUCACGUGCUUUGGGUGAGGGAACCCAUAAGGUUUCCAUUUUGAAUACUUAAAAAUUACUAUGACUGAAAACACCAAAAUGAUUGAGCUGUUUAUGUUUGUAUAGUAAUAUACUACUGACUGCUUGGCUGUCAGGGCCAUAGCAGCUAGAUGAUAUACUUAGGAAUAUAGCUGAAAAAACUGAAUAUUGAUUUACUGUGCCCAAGAGGAAUAAAAGUCAAACAUCUUAAAAUUAAAAAUUGGCAAAAGUUAAAAUGAAGCAAAUUUUAAAUGUGGCAUCCAUUUGUAGUGAUCUGUUUAUUUGGUUGAGGAAUUUUGCUAAUGAGAGCAUAUUUUAAACUUUAGGUUUAGGAACUUUGAAGUUUUCCUUAGAAUAUUUAUGAGAUUGUUGUCAAACCUGUUCUUUAAGCUCUGGUGACCUUUUGAUAGCUUGUAGUGCCAUGGACCAUUUGUAAACAAAUCAAUUUACUUCUGUUGGUUAUAAGUUGAAUAUUUGGCAUCAUGACUUUGAGGUCUGUGGUUUUAUUUGUAAACUUGCAAUUGCUAUUUUUGCAAGGGCAAAUGUAUUUCUUUAUUAAAUAAAGUACAAUAAUGGUGAAUGUACCAAAACAGCA